AUGGCAAGCAACAAUUAUAGCAGAGAAGAAUUGAGAAGAAAAAUCUUAGAAACUAGGUCCCAUCGAGUGCCUCUUACCAACGACGACAAUGUCAACACUACUUUCCUUCAUUCACCUCCACCGCCACCACCACCACCACCUCCAUCCCCAGCAUCAUCAACAUCCUCAUCAUCAUCAACAUCAAGUGCUCGUCAACCUUUUCGUGUGACACACACAAAAUCAUCCCCUUCAUCAUUCUUCCCCAUUAAUGUUCAUGACCCCGACCAUCACAUCUCUGCCUCUCCCCUUCAUCAUCACAGCAAUGCUGAACCUGAGGGUGAGGAUGAUGCUACUGAUUCUAGUGAAGAUGUUCAGAUUGCUUUGGAUGAUAUGAUGAAAGUACAACCAUCACUUGACACAUCAGUCCAAAGAAUCUCAAUUGAUAAAGAACCGCCCCAGUUGUCUCCAAACGAAUGAGUACCAACUAUUGCUUAUGAGAGUACACGCCUUAUUUGUGUACUCAUAAUAGCAUUCUUAGUUAUUUUGGAAUAUUAACUAUAGUACAUAAUGUACAUGACAGUAUCUUUCAGCUUGUUCUGACUUCUGAGGACUGCCAAGAUCGACCAUCAUUACGAGCAGAGAUUAAUAAGUACAAUUGGUGGAUAAUAUAUUGAAGCAUGGUUUAGUUGGGCGAUAAAUAUCCUGCCAACUAUAGGUUUUGCAACUCAUAGUGACCAACUGCUCUGUAAAGUGCUUAGGAGUUGGAAUUCAUUGAAUAAACUGGGGACCAAUAUUUCUGGAAGACUGGAACUUUAAAUCUUUUCUUUGUAAUACAAAAAGGCAUGAUGGAAUCAUGGAAGGAGAGAACUUCUACUGUUUUGC